AUGGUUUCCCAAGUGUGUCAGAACUACCACAAGGACUGUGAGGAUGCUGUUAACAAGCAGAUCAACCUGGAGCUCUAUUCCUCCUAUGUUUACCUCUCCAUGUUCUCUUACUUUGACCGGGAUGAUGUUGCCCUGCAUCACUUUGCUGAGUUCUUCAAGGAGCAGUCCCAUGAGGAACGGGAACACUCUGAGAAACUGAUGGCAUUCCAGAAUAAACGUGGAGGUCGAGUCAUCCUGCAGGACAUUAAGAAGCCAGAGCAGGAUGAGUGGGGCAAUGGUCUGGAGGCAAUGCAGAGAGCUCUGCAGAUGGAGAAGGGUGUGAACCAGAGUCUGCUGGAUCUGCACAAACUCUCCUCUGGCAACACUGAC